GCAUGCUGAAACAUCGGUUGCCUUCAAGCGUUGCUCCUUCCUGGGAAGCAUGCAUUAAAGCAUUGUUUCGCUCAUACCUACCAGCGAAAUUCGCUUUGACUGGGUGUUUGUCUUUGAAUGACAUUACAAAGAACGGUUUUUAUGUAAUCCAAAAAAGUAUCUACCCAUUCCCUAUUCUGGACCAACUGUUCACUAUGAAUAUGGAUCCUGCACAAACGAUAUACAUUUGUAAUCUGGCUCACAAUCAGUCUCGUCCUUUGGCAAAUGGAAAUCAGGAAGUCAAAGAAGACUACAGCAAAUCAGAGGGUGAAUUAGAAAGAAAUGCCACAGUUCCAAAAAUAGCUGCUAAGAACAAUAUAUUUUCUGCAUACGGCCCGGAUGUGACAAAAGCAAUAAGGUCGGAACAACAUGAGAAAUUGGAUUUUGAUCCUUUCUUAUGCGAGUUGGUGAAACGCUUUAAAUGCAUGGUAAUUGCAAAGGAGUCUAAAGAUGUUUAUGACCAGCAACAAUUGGGGCUUGUGAAUUUUCAAUAUGUUAAGUCCCGAGCGAAAAUGCUCGGUGAAUUUGUAGCACAUCAACUAUCUGGACCUGAUCCAACUACCAAGUGUAUAGAUCACCAACUUGAAUUACAUCUGAAUGAAAUUAAACAUGAUCUUGGAACGAACAUCAUCCCAUUAGGACAAUUACGUGUUGGGUCUUAUUUGGAAAGAGCUUUACUGUUCAAAGUUAUUGCAGAUACAAUAUGUCUUCCCGCUGCGCUAGUGCGUGGAGGAUAUGGCAAAACAUGGAUCGAAAUAGCUCUACCUGAGAUUGAGGCGCAAAACGAUCAAGAGUCCCUCAACAGCUUUGCUAAUCGUGACGCUGAUACCGGCAAACACCACAUAUCAUCGUCGAGAUUCUUCGAUAGGAGGAUUUCUUCCGGCAAUGGCCACCAAUCUUUUGAAAAUCCAAUAAAGGAGUCUGUUUCUAUUACCAAACACACAUCAUCCAUCUACCCUACGAAGUUACUGCGGCCAAAUUACAUAGUGGAUCUGAUAUAUGAGCCUGGUAAACUGAUACCAUUGGAGACCAAGGAAGCGGAUCAGUAUUGCAGCUACCGAUCUUACUUUUGAACAGUGAAAAUUAUCGUACACUGCAUCAAAGGUAGGACCCGAUGCUAUUUUAUAAUGUGAAACUUUAUUUCGUAUAGAUAUAGUUAACAAUAAAUAUUCAAAAUCUGUUCAAUCAACAAGACU